AGACUUUAGACUUAGUAUUUAGCCUAUUUAGUGACACGACGCCGGGGUGACACCGGAACUGAACUCCGCGGUGAACUGGAAGUUCUUUCAUUUUAGCAGAAGAACGAAAAUUGCCUGCUUAUUUUCCCCAUGAUGUCAGUUUGAGGACCAAAACCGUUAACCGAACCCUCCUGUGUGUCCUGUAAUAAGCCGUGUCUUACCCCGGGAGGCUGUAGCAGCAGCGGGAGAGGCCUCACCGUGUCUCGGUCAGAACAAUAAGCGGACCGUGCUGUUAGCGGAGGCUUCGCUCUGCGAGGAGACGCUGCGAGGCGAACUUCGGUUAGCUCCCACCGACCUGAGACACUGUCGGACCCGUCAACAAUAUCCAGACAGACACAAGCUCAUCAGUAGGAGCAGAGGAAGACGGCAGGAGUGGCAGGGCUUUGAGCAUCCCUUAUCAUCGGGACCUGAGAUGACAUCACAGCAGCCACAGAUUCCCAAUGCUGUUAUUCCUCCCCAGCUUGCCGAGAACUCCUCUGCUCAGCAAGGCCGACCUCACAUUCAGGCAAACCAGCUGGAAUCGAGUCAGAGCAGCGCGACCGCCGGACCUCCAGAUCACAGAGCUCUGACAGGCAGACCGGGCUGCUCCAGUGUGGCAGCAGCCAGCGGGGAACUGGCCAACAGGAAUGUUUCUGCCUCCUGCACCAACUCCAGCUUGUCCAGAAGAGAUGGGGGCUUUGAACCGUGGCCCGAGGAAGCGGUGGACAACUCCCACGGGCUGUACUCACUUCACCGCAUGUUUGACAUAGUUGGAGCACAGCUGACCCAUCGGGAUGUCAGAGUACUAUCAUUCCUGUUUGUUGAUGUGAUUGAUGAGUAUGAGCGCGGUGGCAUCAGGAGCGGAAGGGAUUUCCUGUUGGCCCUAGAGCGCCAGGGUCGCUGCGAUGAGACCAACUUUCGACACGUUCUCCAGCUUUUAAGGAUUAUCACCAGACACGACCUGUUGCCUUAUGUCACACUCAGAAAACGGCAGGCAGUGUGCCCAGACCCUGUUGACAAGUACCUGGAGGAGACAUCAGUGCGCUACAUUUCACCAAGAGGAGCAGUGCAGAGCAAGGACACUGUGCCUCACAGAAGAUCAGGUCCUCAUCCAGUCAUUUGCUGUUCCCCGUCAGGACCCCAUGUUGGCCCUUCGCAAACAAAGCCAACUCCUCCUGUACCAAACCGCAAACGGAGAAAAAGUCAUUCUUCAGCUGACUGCAGAGAGAAGCAAACAUGUGAUAUCCGCCUCCGGGUUCGCGCUGAAUACUGCCAACAUGAGUCUGCCCUACAGGGCAAUGUCUUCUCCAAUAAGCAAGAGGCAGUGGAGCGACAAUUUGAACGAUUCAACCAGGCGAACACUAUCCUCAAAUCCCGAGACUUGGGCUCCAUCAUCUGUGACAUCAAGUUUUCUGAGCUCACCUACUUAGAUGCCUUCUGGAGGGACUACAUCAAUGGAUCAUUGCUAGAGGCCCUUAAAGGGGUCUUUAUCACAGAUUCCUUAAAACAGGCUGUGGGCCACGAAGCUAUUAAACUGCUUGUCAAUGUCGACGAGGAGGACUACCAAGCCGGUCGGCGCAAACUGCUCCGUAAUUUGGUCACAAGUGGAGGGAGCCCACCAGGAGCUAGCAAAGACUCUGAAUCUUAGAGAAACUGUCCAGGUGGUAGCAAACAGGAGGAACGCUGUUGAGCCUCCCCCACAGGGAAUAGAGUGGUUGUGGUCGUGUCGUUUGAGGUGCCUGAAGUGUGCACCUGAAAGGAACUAAAGGACUCCUAGCCACCGCAUUGAUUCCUUAAGAGCUAAGGUCAUAUCUACUUGGCACCCCUAAGCGUAGCAUGCAAGGUGAUUGGAAACUAUGUUAGCAAAAAGAAGUAGGUGCAUACAGGUUGACAUUAUUUUGAAUGUUAAACUGUUCAUUUUCUUCAAGGAGGAGAUGGCUGAUUCAUGGGUGCAUUGAAUUAAACUAAUUUCUUGUUUCUUGUAUGUUAGCUCAUUGAAACACAUUUUUGUUAACACUGAUAGUUGAUAUUCACAACCUGUUCAAAAUCCAGUAUAUUUCAAUACAGGAAACGUGCUUAACGCUGACAAGUUACUUCCAGUGGGAGUUGUACUUUAAUGUCAAACUUGUUUAUCUUUCUUCCAGGUUUUUCAGGUACAUAACAGAUUGAUUGGAUUAAUCGAAUGACAGUUUUUUGUACGUUACUGAAAGCCACAGACCGUAGGACUUAUUAUUAGCUUUUAAGCUUGUUAUUAUUUAAGCUUAUUUAAGGUUAUCCUACUUUCCCAAGACCUUCAGGAGUUUCCCUGUCUGUGAAGAUGAACCCUUACAGAGCCUUUUUUUUAUUGGCUUGUAUUUUGUCACUGUUGACGUCAUUGUGUCUUGGCUUUUUUCUUUUUUCUUUUUUUUAACAAAUUCUUUGUUUUGCAACAUGGCUUGUUACCAGCAGCUGUAAUUCUGGCCUAAUUUUAAAUGUCCAGUCACUGCCAAUAUUUAAAAUUUUAUGGAUCGUUCUAAUGUGUUAAAUUGUAUCCAAUGAAUCAUUGAGUCAUCCACUGGUGUCUUAGAUUUGUUUGGAUUUGUAAAUCAGUGUCAGUUUCAUUGUCAGCCUGUACCUCUGCUCUCUCAAUGUCUCACUCAUGUUCACACAUGAUAUAACUAAAUAUUGUUUUAAAUGUAAAAUGAUACCCAAUUACAAAUCAGCAGAAGGUGAAAGUCACAUCCAGUGUGUUUAGAAUUGUCUCAGUUGUGCAGGUGGUAAGAUGCCAAACAAUUUAAAAUGAUCCUUUUGUUAAGAUGAAAAUAUUUCACCCAGCUGCACUUGAACUUGUGUAAUAAAUCCUCAGCAGUAUCCUCUGUGGACAUGUCAUGCCUCCUGCUGGACGAGGAUGUAGUUCAGUCCUGAUGCUCUGAAGGCAGCAUGAGCAAGUUAUGUAAUCACUUCUCUAUCCAGUCGCUUGACAGCCUGUUGGACGUGUAGAGACAACCAGGAAAAGACAAGUGUCCUCAGUUAUAUCUCAGUUAUAUCCUUCUGUCAGUUCGGGAGCUUUGGCAUUCACAAAUCAAACAAGGGAUUGUUUAUUAAGGGUUUGAAACAGAUAAAACUAGCACUGUGUGGACCAACACAAUAGUAAGCUAUAUAGCAUGUUAUUCUCUACAAUCUAGUGCGCAGAUCUAGAACACUGAUUUGCUUCUAAUGGUAGAAUUCCACUUUUAAAGUGUGGUCUGAAAUGCUAAUUUACCAAAAUGUGAAUUUAUAUUCAUUUUUUUUGGUAUAUUGUGGAUUAACAGGAUACAUUAGGUUAACCUGAUUUUAGGCACUCAUAAAAUACACUCAGGCCACUUUACAAGGCACACGUUUCUAGUUUUGGGACUGCCCCCAGAGGAGAUUCAAGAUACUGCUUCAUGCUGACAUGAUCUCAUCACACAGAUUUUGUAGCUGCACACUUAAAGUGCAAGUCUCCCAUCCCACCUCGAAUUACAGAAGCCGUACUCUCAACUGAACAGGAUUUAUUUUCUUCAAGCUGCAGGAUUUCACCAAGGCUGGUUAUAAAAUGCAUCUGAUCUGAAAUAAUGUUUAGUUAUGAAAAAGUUUUUAGCAGAUCAGUAGCUUAUAUAGACUGGUACACAUUCGUCCCAUACAGCUUGUUAUUUUUGAGUAACUAGUUGGUUGAGAAACUAACUAUUUGUUUUAGUACAUUGUGCACAGCAUUAAAAGCUCCUGACAUCCCAGCUGUUUUUGUGGCCAGAAGUCUGUGGGCAACUGGUAGCUCAGCCUAGUCGAACACAUUUACUGACAGUUUAUCCAUCCAGUUUUUACCUCUGCACUUUAUCUUCUUGCAGAGGCAAAACACAGUGCAAGGUAGAACUUCACAGUUCCAGCUUUUUUUUCUCCCAUACAGAUUGAAUGAGUGUUCAAGUGCAACUUUUCAAAAAAACGUCAACCAGACAAGAGUGUCAGUGGUGGAUAAUCCUGCAAAAUCCUGGAUUAGGUUAAAUGAGAACAUCCUUAAAUUCCUUGCUUUCUAUAGUAUCCGAGCACAGAAACUAGUCCUAUGCGAUGUUUGUUUAUAGAAUGAUUGUGGCAAACAUUUAAUUAAUAGAUACUUGUCAAUUGCAGGUCUGAUGGAAUUUCUACUUUCCUGUAUCAAAGUCAGACACCCUCACACCGACCCCCACUCUUUGACUUUUGAGUAUCUGCAUAAAGGACACACUACUCACUGUAUUGGCCCUUAACAUUUUCAUUCAGCGUAAAUCGUAAAGUGCAUAAUUAUCCAAUAUGGACACAAUUCCUAGGAGCACUGGACUCAAGUCAACAUUGAUGUCAAGGAGGCACUGUAGUCUGACAUCUGGAAAUCCUCCAAUUUGUGAUUCAAAAAGAGGAAAUAAUUUGACAUGUUUGAAAUGUCAAUACUGGUGUACCAUGAUUGGUUCUGACUCAAAAUACCGUUGUUUGGAAAUGUUUAAUAUCAGUGAUAAUAUACCAAUAUAUCAAAGAUGAAGCAUAAUGCUGUUUUGUGAUGAGAUUAUUUAGAUUUUGUAACAGAAGUAGAAUAGAGAUUGACAUUUUAGUAAGAGUUGUCAUUUAAAAUGCCAGUCUCUAAUGCUGCUAUUUAACAUUUUUCAUUGAUAUUUCUGUUAUUCCGUGCACAUAGCCAAAUGGUUGACAUUAAAAAAAAAUGUGUGUACCCUUUUAAAAGUUCAGUGUAUGUUUGUACCAAAUAUAUUCCUCUUGCUAAAACACCCUAACUAAUCUGGGCUAUCAUACCAUCCAUGGGUACAUAUAAAAACACAGACUCUGUUAUUGUGAAUUAUACAGAGUAGGCCAACAAUUUACAUUUGAACUCCAGUGGAAUUUCAUGUAAAGGUUGAAAGUUAGUAUCUAUUACAUAGGUUGGUGUAUGUUAUGUUGAUUGUAUGUUAAGUUAGUUGUCAAAUGCAGCUGUUGCUUACACAAAAUUGCAUGUAACCUGUUCUCUUCAGAAAUGUCAUAGAAACUCACAGUGCUAACCAUUUGUAAAUAGCUUUAUUGGAUGUCAGAAUUUCUUACUUCAACUUUGCGUUUCUUUCAGCCAACAGACAAGCAGGACUGUUAUCAAUGAAAUGGGCGGAUUUUGUUAAAAGUCCCAGUCCUAAUUAUUAUUAUUAUAAUUUAUGUCACAUGACAAAACAUCUUUUGGUGGAACAUAUUUUAAAUAAACUGCUUCCUGAUCUAA